UUGCCCCGCUCCCCUGCUCCCUCCCCUUCUCUCUCCCCAACUCUUCCUUCUCGAGCACAACCCACGCCGGUAAGCACAGUCUGUCGCCCGCAACCCCACCACGCCACCUCACCUCGAGCACAACCCACGUCGGGAAAGACCCUGUUUCUUGUAGUGCCCUCUCCGUCUCUCCUUCCACUGAUCUCCGCGACAUAUUCCAACUUCCCCAAGGUUGGUGAGAUCAUUAGCAGAUUUGAGAAGAAGGGCUUCUAUUUGAAAGGUUUGAAGCUUAUCACUGUGGACUGUUCUUUUGCUGAGAGGCACUAUGCGGACUUGUUUGCGAAGCCCUUUUUCAAUGGGUUGGUUGAAUACAUCAUUUCUGGUCGAAAGAUUAUUGGAGCUACAAAUCCUUCGGAUUCCGCCCCUGGAACCAUCCGUGGUGACUUUGCAGUUGAAAUUGGGAGGUAAUUUCAUCUUCCUUUAACUGAAUACUUUUCAAAAUACCAA